AGCCACUGGAGGUCCCAGCUCUUGACAUUGGCCAGCCACAGUGGGGGGAGUCGUAGCGAGCAUAUCCGGGGGAUCCGCUCGCCAUCGACUUCAGAGCAGCGGUGGUUCCUUUGCCCUCGCAGAUGGCGAUGCUGGGCAGACACCUUCUGGAGCUGCCGCCGAGCGCCCUGGAGAUUUGUGCGGACUGGCUGACCGCGUCGGAGUUCCUCUCCCUCCGGAGGACAUCGAGAUCGGCCUUGCACAGUGGCGUCUUCUCUGCUGGAUGCGUGCCGCGCCUCAGAUGCCUCGUGCGGAAGGGCGAGAUGACGGGGGAGGCCGUGAGCCGCUUGUACUUCCCCAGCUUGAAGGUGAUCGUCUUGCACGCCUCCCUGCGUGAGCUGAACAGCAUCGUCCGGAACCUGUGCUGCAAGGCCGCGGAGCUACGGAAUCUGGAGGUGCUGCGCCUUGAGGCCCCAGCACGGCACCAUCUGGGGGACACCAGCGUGCGGAUGCUGGCAACAGCCAUGAGGUCCUGGCCCUGCCUCAGGGAGCUCGGGCUGCGUGCUCCGACACUCCAGCGCCCAGUUGGGCGACGCGGUGGCCGCUUCGGGCUUGGCUCGCCUGGACUUGGCAGGCGCGCAGAUGACCGCCUCAGGUUGGACGCACCUCAUCCGACAGGUUGCUCUCGCACCAGGGCGGCGCAAGAUCGUCCUGGGCGUGUCCUCUCACGAGCCAGCAGCUGCCCUGCGGGACCUGAUCCGCUCCUCCGGCGCGGCGCUGGAGGUGGAAGUGGCACAGAAGGAAUGCUCCUCGCCUCCGCGCUGCGACUGCUUGUGCCGCCUGGAUUCUGGCUUCCCCAGAGCGCCGAUGCCCGGCAGGAGAGAUGCGCGCCGGCUCUUUCACAGCGAGCCGCCCCAGGGGGACGUGUUGGUCCGACCGGUGGAAUCCCGCUGCCGUGAUCCAGGCCCGCCCACUGGGCCAAGGCAAUGCUCCCGCGCGUCUUCAAAGACUCCGCAGGUGCCCUCGGCCGAAGUUGCGGCGCUGCUGCAGCAUUCCGGCCGCCUGGACGACGAAGGUGGGAGGCGGCUGAUCCAGGGGGCCACCCUCCUGGAUGAGGUCAUGAUGAGCUCAUUCUCACCCCGGGGUAUCUCUGGGAACUCUUGUCGGGUGCCCUUGACUUCGGCGACAAGGAGGGGUCCUUGUACUUCCCCCUUGGGUCAAGCAUCGCCUCGUCCCACG